AUCCCUAACCAAUGAACGCCGAGCUGAAAACAGGUGCAUUUUCAACGUCACGGCACUCGACGUCACAUUUCAGGACGCUAUGAAUUUAGAAGAAACGACUCUAACUUCUCCAUCUUGUUCAGAUCUUGGACUUAGUGCAGCUUCGCUUAGCUUUGAUAAUAGUCCAUUUUCUCCAAGAAGCCAAAUACCACUGCCCUGUUUUAUCUCAUGUGAGAAUGGAGCUGUUCGGAAAAGAAACGAAAGAGAACGAGAAAGAGUUCGAUGUGUCAAUGAAGGUUAUGCGAGGUUAAGGUCUCAUCUUCCGAUCAAGCAAAGGGAUAAAAGAAUUAGUAAAGUGGAAACUCUUCGCCAAGCAAUCAAAUACAUUCAACAUUUACAAAAUAUAUUAAAAGAAAAAGAGAAUGAAUACCGUGUAAAUGUUUUGAAAGCAGAGAGAGCGGACAAUGAUCCUUCAACGUGCAACGGAGGUCGAUUACGUUCAUAGAUGUUCUAUCUAUGUUUAAUAAAAAAUAUUCCUGACUCUUUCUCUCUAUUUCCUUACUGUUUAUUUGUUGAGUUUUAAACAAAGUAAACUGUUUAAUGAAUGAUUAUUGAAUUCUUAGUUAAACAACAAAAUAGAAACGUUGAAAACUGUUGUAAAUUGUGCCUAUAUCUCAAAUAUAUUAGUAUAGAAAUACAUUUAUACAAUAUACAGUAUAAACUCUC